ACUUACAAGAGAAAAAGGGCUUUGUGUUUUUCCUCGAGUGUCUUGUAGUGAUCAAAUCUCAUUAGACUUUUCAAAAAUAGUCACGUUUGGUAAAUAGGUAAAUAGCUCAUUUUCUAUGAAUAAUGUAUGAAACCACCUGUGGAAACCAUGAACCAAUGGUAUUUAAGAGAGAUCUUUCGAUAUUUACCUGAAGAAUUUGAAGAUAGUAUUGCUAGCAGUAACACGUGUACUUACGGAGAUAAACGGUGUUGUUUUAGACUAUGAAAACUGCAAUUUUUUUCGUACUUCUUUUGGCGUUUGUCAACGUCCAAGCAAAAAAGAAAAAGCAAAAACACGAUGCUGUUCCAAAAGACAAUAUGUUCACAGGAUUUCGCGUUCCUCUCUUCGCUAUGCGCUUCCCUGUAUUCGGAGGUGAGGCACUGACAAGACAAGACAAUGUAAAGCCAUCUGAACUUACAUUUAACGAUGGAAAAGAUGCAAAACUGAAGACCAAAACAAAAACGUUUAACUCAACGCACGGCCCAUACAAGACCUACACUAUUACCUCAGUGACUACUUCUGGGAACAAAACAAAUCCUCAGGUGUUUGAGAAGGUUAUCAAAUCGGUAACAACGAUGGCCAAGAAUGGGACAGGAAAGAAUAUCACACUGCCACAAAUCAAGGAGACUCAAUUUAGUAUCUUCAGGCCGUUUAGCGUAUUUGGUGGAUUCAAAGGUUUCAAUGAUGACUCUAGUAAGGAAUGUUCAGACAAAAAGCCCUGCGCGGCAGAGCAAUUCUGUGAUAACUUUUUUGGAGUUUGUAAGAAACAAGUAGGCAAAGGACAAGCAUGCUCACAGAAAGAUCAAUGCUCCAAGAAAUCAGGAGACCUGCAGUGCACGUGGGGAAAGUGUAUCGUGAACUCUGAUGUUGGUGGCUUGGGAACGUUCUGCGAUGACCACAAAGAUUGCCAUUCUAGUGCAGGACAAGAGGCUGGCUGCUUCCCUCAGAAUGAUAUCAGUCGAUAUUCCAAGGUAUGCAUUGCAAAGCUACAAGAAGGAGUGACUUGUGGUAGAAAACGCCUGCUCGAUGUGUUUGAGGACGAGAAUGAUGAAGACAGUCAGCUUUGUCAGGGCAGCUUGGUGUGUAGGACUGUGGGUUUUUUCGGGCGCAAGAUUUGUCAGAAGGCAGCCACUUCGUCGGUUUCUGAUUAUCACAGAGUUGUGACAAAGAAGAGCAAGCACCACAGACAUCACAAACGACAUUACUAAUGUAACCUCGUCAUGAAGAAAAGCUCAACACAAGCUAUUCAUUGUGCUCUCGUCUACAAGAACAUCUUCUUAUAGAUUUAAAUUUAAUCUAGUUUAAUGCAAAUACCGCUAAGUAUUACUAAGCAAAAAUGACACUAAUAUUAGUACUAACAGCGACAAAAUGCAUGCGUGAGAAAAGGCGUACAAGUAACCUAAAAUAGGUCAAACUUUUCGUGAAUGUUACAGAUUAUUUCAAGUGCUGUGUGUUUUAUGAUUCUUAAUAAAAUUAAACGUGAAAUAUUU